AAGAACAUCGACUCGUUAUUCAUCCAUUAUGGCUCGUACCAAGCAGACUGCUCGUAAAUCGACUGGUGGAAAGGCUCCUCGUAAGCAGCUGGCGACUAAGGCUGCUCGCAAGAGUGCGCCAGCAACCGGUGGAGUGAAGAAGCCUCAUCGUUACAGGCCGGGAACCGUAGCUCUUCGUGAGAUCCGUCGUUACCAGAAGAGCACUGAACUUCUCAUCCGCAAGUUGCCUUUCCAGCGACUUGUUCGUGAAAUCGCUCAAGAUUUCAAAACCGACCUCCGUUUCCAGAGCUCUGCUGUCAUGGCCCUUCAAGAAGCCAGCGAGGCUUACCUCGUCGGCCUAUUCGAAGACACCAACUUGUGUGCUAUCCACGCCAAGAGAGUUACCAUUAUGCCGAAAGAUAUCCAACUUGCCCGUCGUAUCCGUGGAGAACGUGCCUAAACAGCUAUUCUCAACAAUAAAGCAACGGCCCUUUUCAGGGCCAACACACAAUAACGAAGUACUACUACUGAUUGCAAAUCUACUCUAAAAAAUAGUCAAUAGUUCACAUUCAAUCCAAUCGUAAUUUU